CGUGUCCUGUGCUUACUCAAGUGUUAGCUCGUAUCCAAAAGGCCGGCAGAUGGCGAUAUUGUUGUACGCAGCCUUGUUUAUACAUUCAUAUCCACCGGUGGACCGGUUCGUACAUAACAUUCUCCAUUCAGGUUACAAAUUGCGUUGAUUUCCUCCCUAACUCAAUUUAAUGGCGAGAAAACUGGGAAAAUAUGUAUACUUUCCAUAUGAAACACAAUUUCACACAAUCAUGCGCCAGAAUAUCGCCAUCUGCCGGUCUUUAGGCUGGCUAGCUAGUAUGAAACGUUAUCUAUAAAACAAGGUAGCCCAUGUCUCUUUACAUUGCAUUUAGCAUUGCAAAUCUAGCAGAGAUUAUUCAAGGAACGUAUGUAAUGACUCAAGACAAACAGCACACUGCAUGUCAUGUAUUGCCCCUCUCCCUUUGUUCAUGUAGCUAGCUAAGUCAAUUAUUUGUUUUCUUUCUGUCAGUGUUUCAAUGUACAGAGCCUGACCACUAGCUAUGUUUCUUUUAAAUAGUGUUGCCAUCACCCAACCAGCUGAGGAGAUGCUUGCAAUAGAGGGCCAGGUCAGUGACGUUAGUCUGGAAACACCAUAUCAUGAUUUGUGUGAAUAUGGUGAUGAUGAGGAGGAGGAGGAGGAAGAAGAGGAUGAUGAUGAUUGGGACUGGAAUGAGACUGGGGACUUGACAAAACGCUACAUGGCUAAUAGAACAGGAAUGAAUCACCAGGCAAAUAAACAAAAUCUUAGUAACAAAUCACAGAAACUGUCAACCCCAACUGACAAGGCUCUGAGGAAGUUUGAACACAAAAUUAAUUUAGAUAAGCUCAACUAUGCUGACUCUGUGAUCAACAAAGUGACCGUGAUGCAGAAACAACAAAAUGCUGACACGUUUCGAGUGAAAGACAAAUCUGAUCGGGCUACAGUUGAGCAGGUGUGCUUUUAAAAAUAGUUUUAUUCCCGUUGGAGUUUUAUAGUGUAUAUGUGUGUUUUUUUUUGAUAAU